UAUAAAUCAGUUCCCCUCUUUCAUGUGGCACAAGCAAGUUAGGACUUCGGAGGGGAAGAAAGAAGAGUUGCUAUGGAAGAGAUCAACAAGAACCCAUCAGGGACUUCUCUUUUGGUACCAUCAGUGCUAGAGUUGGCUAAAGAGAAUUUGACUACUGUUCCACAAAGAUACAUUCAGCCUCAACAUCAAGACAUGGUGCUCAUCUCUGAAGAAGAUCAUAGUACCCUUGAGAUUCCAGUUAUUGACAUGCACAGAUUGCUUUCUGUAGAAUCUGGGAGUUCAGAAUUGGAUAAGCUUCACCUGGCGUGCAAAGAAUGGGGAUUCUUCCAGCUGGUUAACCAUGGAGUUAACUCUUCCUUGGUGGAGAAAGUAAGGUUGGAGACUCAGGAUUUCUUCAACCUUCCAAUGUCAGAGAAGAAAAAGUUUUGGCAAACUCCACAGCAUAUGGAGGGAUUUGGACAAGCAUUUGUUGUGAGUGAAGACCAAAAACUUGAUUGGGCAGACCUUUACUAUAUGACCACCCUUCCAAAACACUCUAGAAUGCCCCACUUAUUUCCACAACUCCCUCUUCCUUUCAGAGACACUCUAGAGGCUUACUCACAGGAAAUAAAAGAUCUAGCCAUAGUUAUUAUAGGCCUUAUGGGAAAAGCUUUGAAGAUUCAAGAAAGGGAAAUAAGAGAAUUAUUUGAAGAUGGAAUACAACUAAUGAGGAUGAACUAUUACCCUCCAUGCCCUGAACCAGAGAAGGUUAUUGGCCUCACUCCUCAUUCAGACGGAAUUGGACUCGCUAUUCUUCUACAACUCAAUGAAGUUGAAGGUCUUCAGAUAAGGAAAGAUGGCUUGUGGGUUCCGGUUAAACCCUUGAUUAAUGCUUUCAUUGUCAAUGUUGGUGACAUAUUAGAGAUUAUAACUAAUGGUAUAUACCGAAGCAUUGAGCAUCGGGCAACAGUAAAUGGCGAAAAAGAAAGACUUUCAUUUGCAACAUUCUAUAGUCCAAGUUCAGAUGGUGUGGUAGGUCCUGCACCAAGCUUGAUCACUGAACAAACACCACCACGAUUCAAAAGCAUAGGAGUAAAGGACUACUUCAAGGGCUUAUUUUCUCGCAAACUCGAUGGAAAGGCCUACAUAGAAGUCAUGAGAAUAUAGCAUCACUGUUCAAGAUCACUUCAAUCCAUGCAUUAAAAUUAGUGUCAUUAUACUUUGUUAAUUGUAUCCUCGUGUGCCAUUGCUUGGUUGUUAUUUCCAUAUGUUAGGGCAUUGGUAGUGUGUAGAAGAGUUUAGAGAGUCUGUUUGAACCUAUAUAUGUAAAAAUAAAUUGGGGAUCACCUAAACUCUUUUUAAACUUUUUUCUAAUAAGUUUGUAUAACUUGUUGAAAAUUUAUUUUUAAUAAAUUCAUGA